GAUUCGUUAGCGAAAUGGAGACCCAAAAUCCAUCUUACCCUAAAAAACACGCGUUGGUUGGACCGGCAUCGGCGGGAUGGGUGCUGCGAUGGGUUCUCGUCUGCUGCCCCCCGGUUACUCUGUCACAGUCUACGGCCGGACUCCGUCAAAGGCUGCGCCUUUACUCUCUCUAGGGCCCAUCUCGCCGAUUCUCCUUUUGCCGUUGCUCAAUCGAGUGACGUGGUAGUUACCAUGGUGGGACACUCAUCAGAUGUUCGAUCGGUUGUCUUAGAGAGAGGGGACAUCUUGCCGGCGAAGGGCUGGUUUUUACUGAGAAAGCUGGGUUGGAUGUGAACAAGUUUGUGGGCACGGUGAAGGGCAGUGAGGAGCAGCUGGGUGAUGGAGUUGUUUGGGCAGAGAAUGAUCGGGAGGGACUUCAGGCCAGGUGGGUUUGCGGAGUAUAUGGUUAAGGACAGGACUUGGUAAUGGGGGUAGAUGUCGCGGAAGAGAGUGACGACGACAAGCUCCCUGUCUUGCCUGGUGCUGCUCUGGUUAAGCAGCUCUUCAGUGGGAUUCAAGUUGCUGGGAUAGCUUUCAUCUGUGUUGUAUUUUGGAGUUGUUGCAAUUACUUGUUCUCAAUGAAGUGUUGUAUGAGAGAGUCAUGAAGUGUUGUAUUGGGAACCUAAUCUAUCUGUGUCUGGAUGGACAUCGUUUGUCGUCUCAGUAAAUGGACAGUUUAGCUCUUUGAGAUGCAAGUAAGGAGGAAACAAACAAAAGACACGGGUGCCAUCAACACCGUCGAGAAUCAGGAUACAUCAAUACUCAUAAUUGUGUUCCUAUGAAUAUGUGAAUUUUUUUGGAAUGUUCCCAGCGCAAAAAUACAUUUGUGCUCUUGGGAAGCAACGAGGGAAGUAGUUGAUAACUAAACUGCCACCUUGUUCCACUCGCUGUUUAUGGUGGAUCCUAUUAUAUUUCCAUCUGUCUGACUUUAUGAAGUUGAUACCUCAAAACUCAUACCCAUUACUCUGUUGUCUACCAAACUUGGCCAAGAAGAAAUGGCUCCUCAGGGGCAAGGUGCUGCUUCUCGUAAAUCUUUAGCACCAAGGGAGAGUGUGAUUGUUGUGAUGCACAGUAAUCAAAGUAAGCGCGACGUUGAGGCCAUGGAUUGGGCUCUCAAGCAUGUGGUUCGACGGGGAGAUAAUGUUAUUGUGCUUGGAGUUAUAGGUGGGUGUGGAGUGAAGAACAUUUGCUUCCCGUUCAACAUGGGCAUGGGCUUCUCUGCAAUUUGGGAAAGAAUAGAUUGUUCAACAACAGGACAAGAGCCAAGACCCAAGGAACUUGCAGAAGAAAUUGAGAGAAAGAAACAACAGUGUCAGAGUAAACUCCAGCCAUUCUAUCGACGAUGCAAGAAGAAUGAGGUAAACUUGGAAGUCAAGCUUACAUUUGGCUGUUGCCCUAUAAAAAUCACAGUAGAACAAGCUCAGAACUCAAAUCCUCGUUGGAUUAUCUUAGAUAGCUACUUGAAGAAGUAUAAAAUGAUCAUAUACAAUGAAGUAGGCUGCAAUAUUGCAGCGAUGAAGGGAAAUGAUCUGGCAACUCUGAUUCCAUCAAGAAAUGGACAAGGUGGAACAUCUGGUGCUGCUUCUUGUAACAAGCUUAAUGUUCCGCAUGAUGAUGACUCAUCAUCAACAGCAUCCAGGCAAGCAUCAGCAGGGCAAAGCCCUGCAUGGUAUCCAGUAUCAUGGAGAAGUGGAUUUCCUCGAGCUUUUUCAGAAGCAGAACUUGAAGCGAUAACUCAUGGUUUCUCUAAAGAGAACAUUGUUCUAGAAGUGCGAGAUGGCAUUGGAGUAUACGAAGGGAUGCUCCAGGGAUGUCCUGUCCUGGUAAGAGCUUUUGCAGGAAACGAUGAACGCUUCUGGCCAACACUGAAGAUUCUUUCCAGGAUCCACCACAGGAAUAUAUUGAACCUUGUAGGACACUGCUGCACUGCCACCAACUUGUUCUUGCUUUUCGACUACCCUUGCAUGGGUAAUCUGGAAAUCAACCUUCUAGUUGAUGAUUUGGCCAAGAACUUGCCCUGGAAAGCGAGGUGGCACAUUGCUCUGGACAUUGGUGGAAGCCUGCAGUAUCUUCAUGAAGAAUGUGUGACUGAUGGAGCCAUCGUUCACCUCUCUGUUUCUUCUUCUUAUGUUAGCUUAUCUUGUGGAUCCAUUACCAUGCUUGCCUACUUUGCGUCUGCUAGAGUCCUUAAAGAUGAAGGGGCGAGUAAUGUUGACUCUAGAACAUGGCGGAGAAAUGAGGAGCAUGAUGAACUGAUAGCUGUGGACAUACACGACUAUGGAGUGCUCCUGAUUGAGCUCAUCAGCGGAAUGAGUGCCCGGCUGUUCCAGAGGCAAGGCGUGGGACAAAGCCUGAUUGACUGGGCACUGCCACUUCUGGAGAAGGGUUCCAUAGACGAUGUGUUGGAUCCCAGAGUGGUGGAGGAGAUGAACGAUAGCAGGAUGAUUCAGCAGUUGGUAAAUGCAGCUUUGCUUUGCCUGAGGAGUAAUCCUUCUGCUUCUGCUGGCCACUGCCUCUCAAUGAGCCAGGUCUUGGCAGUGGUUAGAGGUGACCACCUUGCAAUGACAAAGCGCCGAGAGCUUUUCCCAGAUGUAAACAGGAAACUACAAUCUUCUUCUGUUCAAUGAAAUCAAAGUCGACAAAUGCAAACACACUGUCGUUUGAAAUAAUGUUCUCUGUUUUCAUCUAAUGACCAAGAUCGGGUUCAUUUUAACCUUCAGAGACGCCAGAAGAGCCCUGCCGGCUGCCCCCUAGCCUGAAAAUUGCAGCCCCUGUCAGGAAAGUAGGCAUCGCAGGAGCCACACCAGUGAUCAGACAUUAGGGGGUUGUUGGAUUCUAAUGACAUGGUGCAUUUUCAGUAUUGAAAUAAUGAUGAUGUGUUAGUUAGUACUGAUAUGAUGUCUUUCUGCUAGUGGCAUUGUACAUUUUCAGUAGUGAUAUGCUGCCUUACUAGUAGUGAUUUCCGGUUAUUGAACUGCGCUGCGCUGGUUAGUUAGUAGUGGUAUGAUGUCUCUUUUAGUAGUGACUAGUAUCAAUACCCGUGGCUACGCCACAGGAGAUUUAGUUGUGUUUAGUAUAUUUCAAAAC